GGGGAUUGUAGCACAGAGAUUGUGCGCUCUGUCUGGGGAUGGAGAGACCGAUAGGGUUCGUCCCUGGACGCUCUGUGUAGCACAUGUAUGAGCGAGCGGUCUGUGUCUGACCCUUCCCUUCUUCCCUUCCCUUCCCCUCCCCUCCCCCCUGGGUCACCGUCGCCAUUUCCAAAAUUACCAACAUUUCGGGAUAUGAGCUGUGACGAAUGCCUGUCAUCUUCCUCUUGUUGGUACGGGAGCCGUGCGAGCAGGACACAUACCUACCUACACCCACCCACCUCUUUCAGCACCAUGGGAGUUGGAGAGUUGGGUUUGUUGUUGGUUUGCUGAGGUGGGAGUGUCGACGUGGGAUGUCCAUUUUCCAUCUUGUCCCGUUUUGGGGGGUGCUUAAGAUACGGUUCAGUCACGCUCACACAUGCCCAGGUAUGUUACAGCGCACAGCCUAGCCUGGCUGGUCGUG